AUGGCAAAAGCGAUUAACAUUCCAUCAAUUGAACAGUUUGAUGUUUCGGGUGACCAAACUUCGCUCUCACAAAGAUGGGAUAAAUGGAUGAAGCAAUUUAAUUUCUUCACAGUUGGUUCCGGUAUAACAGAUGCAACUCAAAAACGAGCAUUGUUGUUACAUCUCGCAGGUCCAGAAACACAAGAAAUAUUUGGGACAUUGACAGAAACUGGGGAAGAUAAGGAUUAUGACAAAGCUGUUGAAAAAUUGACGGAUUAUUUCAAACCAAAAAAGAACAUAGCUUAUGAACGGCAUAUUUUUCGUUGUGAAAUCCAGAGAGAGUCUGAAACUGUGGAACAAUUUUCAACAAGACUGAAACAUUUGGCAUUAACAUGUGAAUAUGGAGAUAUAAAAGAUGACAUGAUAAGAGACCAAAUUGUUGACAAAUGUCGAUCACACGAGUUACGUCGUAAGUUUUUAACAGUAGAAGAUUUAAAAUUGCCGAAAUUACUUGACAUUGCAAGGGCAUAUGAAGGUGCUUGUGCUCGAGCAGAAAAGAUUGAAAACCCAUCAUCUACGCCCGUGGUAAAUAAAGUUGCGGCCAAACAAAAAAGUAGUUCGAGACCAAAGCGGCGUUCUGAGCAGCAGAGGAGUAACACAGGUGUAAAAUGUUAUCGCUGUGGAAGACUAGGACAUAUGGCGCGGAAAUGUGACGUUGCGAAAAAUCAAGUUUGUCACAAGUGCGGCAUCAUGGGACAUUUUGCAAAAAUGUGCAAAAGUAGUAAAUCUAAGAUCACACAAAAAGUGAAAAGCCUUGAUGAGUUAUCAGGUUCGGAUUUAGAAGAAAAUGUUUUCAUACUUGGAAAUAAGUUCGAAUACUUGCCUGGAACAAUUAAAGGGACAAAGAUAGAUUUUCUUAUCGACAGUGGGGCAAGCUGCAAUGUUAUUGAUAAAAUAGCAUGGAAGAAACUUAAAAGAAAAGUUAAAUUGCAGGAGUGUAGAAAGAAGGUUUAUGCAUACGGAGCAAGUACACCUCUGAAUUUAAUAGGGACAUUUGAAUCAGAAAUAUGUGUUGACGGGAAAACACAGUCUGCAGAAUUUCUGGUGACAGAUACUGUGUGUGGAUCUUUGUUAGGAUAUCGUACAGCGACUGCGCUGAAAGUGUUAAAAAUAGGUGCAAAUAUUAAUAAGGUGGAAAGCAAUGAAGAAUUCAAAAGGAAAUACCCGGAAUGCUUUCAGGGAACUGGGAAAUUGAAAGAUUUUCAGUUGAAAUUACAUAUUGAUAAGACUGUUGAGCCGGUUGCGCAGCCAGUCAGAAGACUGCCAUUCAGCUUAAGAGAAAAAGUUGAACAGAAAAUUGAGGAUUUAGAAUCAAAGGACAUAAUUGAAAAAACAACAGGUCCUACACCAUUUGUGUCGCCAUUAGUUGUCGUGCCCAAGGGAAACAAUGACGUAAGGAUAUGCGUUGAUAUGCGUCAAGCGAACCGUGCAAUCUUGAGAGAGAGACACCCUAUACCUACCGUUGAUGAAGUGAUACAUGACAUGAACUCUGCGACAAUUUUCUCAAAAAUUGAUUUGAAAGAAGGAUUCCAUCAAAUAGAGUUAGAGGAAAGUUCGAGAUAA